CUCAUAUAGUACAAGUUAUUAGUAUAUAUAUUUAACAAAGAAAAAUUAAGAUUUUAUUUAUGCUUAAGAAGCCGAAGUGAUGCUUUGAUGAAAUGAAUUACGGAGGUCAAGCCUAAGAAGGCAUGUUCCUUGCAUUACCUAUUAAGUCAAUUUUAAUGCGACGGCCUCUUCAACAGACUGAUAUUAUAUAUAGCAUGAUGACUGUUAUCUUUGUUCUCAAGCCUACUAUACUUUAGCAUACUAGUUCUUGUACUCUUGCUUGCGCGUAGUAGCUUAUUGCAACGUUGAACGGUAGUUGAGAACUCUUAAACUUCGAAAUGGCCGGUGUUACCACAGUCAUGUUGGCGGUGCUGCUGGCAAAUACAAUUGGGGCCUUUGCCAAUGAUCCUGAUAUGCUUCAAGAUGUUUGUGUUGCUGAUCCUACAUCAGGUAUAUUGAUGAAUGGGUUCCCUUGCAAAAAUAUUAGCAUGAUAACUGCAGAAGACUUCUUCUUCACCGGAAUUUCUAAACCGAGCCAGAUCGCCAACAACAUCCUUGGUUCAAAAGUCACUGGGGCAAAUGUUAUGGACAUCCCUGGCCUCAACACCUUGGGAGUCUCUAUGGCUCGAGUCGACUUUGCUCCCUACGGUCUAAACCCACCUCACAUACAUCCUCGUGCCACUGAAAUGAUCUACAUUCUUCAGGGUGAACUGUACGUUGGUUUCAUUACUACCAACAAUAAGCUUGUUUCCAAGAUUGUUAAGGCUGGUGAAGUAUUUGUAUUCCCAAGAGGCUUGGCUCACUUCCAGAAAAACACGUCCAAAUAUCCAACCGCUGUUGUAGCUGCCUUCAACAGCCAGCUACCAGGCACUCAGCAAUUUGCAGCUGUUCUCUUUACUUCUAAAGAUCCUGUGCCCAAAGAUGUGUUAGCUCAGGCAUUUAACAUUGACGAACAUGAAGUUGAGAUGAUCAGAGCUGGCCUUACUCAAUAAUUGUUUUAGAAUUACGAUAAGAUAUCUUU